CUGGACCCACCUGUUCCGAGUCAGACGUUGCCCAGUUCUCGACCAGUGAAGAAGAUCGCGAGAGAGAAUACCAGAAAGUCAGAACGAAAAACCGAAACUGGUCAAGAACCGAAUCAUAAACAAAUCAACUCAAAAAUACAAGCGAAUUUCGCAUACGCAGAUGCCUGUCAAAUAAAAUGUGGAAGUUUCUGCUUAUUUGUGUGGUGAUGAGUGCUCUGAAUCAAGAAUCUUCGGGGGCUAACAGCGGACCUUCCCGUAGGAGACGCGCCUACGCCGGAGGAUAUGCGGGGGGAUAUGCCAGCAGUGGAGGAGGAGGCGGAGGCUAUUCGGGAUCCUACAACAGCGGCGGUGGAGGCUAUGGACACAGCAGCUAUGUGGGUACUGGUGGUGGUGGAGGUGGUGGCUACUACGAUUACGAUGACUACGAUGGAAACUCGCCCAACUUUGGCAUCAUCGAUCCGUAUCUUUUCCACCAGCAGCUGACGAAUCACAUUCUGGCCCAGAACUACGCCAACCAACAAGCUAUAACGGGUCUGGCCACGGCUGGCAAUGCUUUUGCAUCUGCGGAUGCUUCCCUAGUCAACGACAACGAUGAUCGCAUCCUGCAGCAGAUUGCCGCUCAGCAGGCCUAUCAUGACAAUUUGGUGCGUCAGAAUCGGUACAGGGGAGGAUCAGGAUCCGCAUCCGGAUCCUCAUCUGGAUCUGGAUCUGGUGGUGUAUCUUCCUAUAACUCACAUCGCUAUGCACCCAGCUAUGCCGCCGCCUCGGGAUCCAUCGGACCCAAUGGCUAUCGCCAAACGGCCUUUAUCAACCCAGCCAAUCCGGCCUCCCCCAACAUUGUGAAUCGUUUCGGAGGUGGAAGCGGAAGCGGCGGCGGCUCCUCAUACUCCAGUUCCAGCAGCUCUGGAGGAGGAAGCGGUGGUGGUGGUGGUGGCUACAAGGGCGUCUCGGUGUCCUCCUACAGUCACAGCAACGGAGAUGGAACCAGCCGACGUGGAGCCCAGACCACAGUGAACGACAACGGAAAGGUCACCUCGUACUCAGUGCACUCUUAAUGAGAUCGCUGGCGACUUUCUGGUGGCUAGACCAACAUUUACUCCGGUCUGACAAAAGCAAACCGAUCCCAUUUAAUUUGUAUAAAAAAAUAUAUAUAUAUAAAUAUACGUGUAUUUUAUUGUA